AUAUAAAAUCCAAUUCAAUUUUUUUAAAAAUAUUCGAUGUGAUUCAAAAUCUGAUUUUAAAACAAAAUAAAUUUUAUAAAAUUGGAUCGAAACUUUGAUGGAUACGAGUUGGAAGGAGAAUCUUAAUAUGCACCGGCCCAUGAUCUUCUGGAACCGACCCUAGCAACCGUUUUAUAAAACUGGAACUUUACCAUUUAAAAAAUCAAUCAGAAAUUAAAAAAUAGAAAAAAAAAAUGAGUCGGAAGAAGUACGAACUACCAGACGAGCUAUGGAGAAACAUACUAGAAAUCGGAAUCAAAGUAUCAAAUUUUACCUACAAGGAUCUUUGUUGCGUUUCAAUCAGCUGCAGACGCCUCCACCGUUUAUCCAAUGAGGCCCCACUCUGGUCCCACUUGCUCUCCGUUGAUUUCGCCAAUCAAAUCUCAUCACUUCCAUCAUCUUCCUCCCCAAAAUCCUUUUACAAGAUCAGGUUUGAGAGGGAAAGAGAGCGGAAGUUAUUGGCUCAUAAAAGGACGGUGUUGAGGAAAGAGAGUCAAGUUUCGGAACAUGUAAGGAAACUUCGAGAAUUUGAGGUUCGAUUACAUGAAGAAACACAGAAAUUGAAGUCCGCUGUUUCGGAAUUGUCUAAUUUACAUAAGGUCAGCUGUUUCAGUCAAGCGGUGGUGGCUUUGAAUGUAUGGCAGCCCGAGGUUGUGCGGGGUAGGCAAAAACAAAUGGUUGAGCAAUGUGUUGUUCCAGUUGAAUCUAGAGUCCGUGCUCUAGAGAUGGAAGUUAAGCUUUGCAACCAACAACUAAAAGUGUUUGAUAAGGCCUAUAGAGACGAGAAGCGAAGGCUUGAUACAGCUAAGGAAGAGUUGCUAUCCUUGAAGUAUCACCCUUUACGAGAUUAUAAGCUGACAAGCAAUGAAGGCAGUGAGAAUAAGAAAAAGAGGAAGAAGUUGAAAACAUGCAUGGACUCUCCUGAUAAACAAGGUAAAACAACAUAGACACAAACAUGCUUGGCGGAUUGACUUGCUGCUCAUACCAGCAUAUGUAUCGUUUUGGUAAGUUCCAUUGUGGCUUUUAUUUGUUUGUGGUGCUGAGAAUGUGCAGAAACGGGGCAUUUACAGGCCUUGAACGGCAGAAUGUUCAUCAAUUGUUAGAAAAAUCUUCAUUUAGAAGACCUUGUUAUGGAAGCCAAUCUGGUUUUCUGAUGUCAAGUCCUUGUAUCGAACUGUGUUGUAUUUAUCAAAGCUUGUAAUGAGAAUUAGUGCAGUCAAGACUUAAGAUCGUAAUAAAUUAGAAA